UACUAUAUACGCAUAUCUACCUAUCAAUUGGUCAUAGCAGAUUUGAAUUUUUUUAACGCUGAUUUAUUAUGAUAUUACAGUUAUAAUAUGAGAAAGAUUACAUAGACGAUUCGAGAACCGACAAUACUACAUGCCUUAUGAGGAUCUACACCUAACUGCAUCACCUGAGCCGUUUUACGAAGAUCUACGUCUGACAAGAUUUAUUUGCACCAUGUUAAAGAUUUUUUGUAAGUCUUUUUUUCGUAGUCUGUAUAAUUGUUUAAUAAAUACAGGUUUCAAAUCCCAGAGAGAUAUUUGAUAUCCUUUAUGUAUUAAAUCAAAAACCUAUUUUCAAUUAUGUAUUUGAUAUAAAAAGUGAUUAUGAAUUAUUUUGUUCUACAAGUCUACAAGGUUGUAUCUUUUUUUUUUUUUUUUUUCUUACAAGGUUGUAUCUAACUCUAUACAAGGCCUUAUAAUAGUUAAAUAUUACGUCCCAUAUUUUAUGAUUUUUGUUUAAUGCCUUGUUUAUCCUUUUCUUUGAAAACAUUUAAAGAAUUUAAGCUUAUGUUACAAACGAAUCUAAAAAUAUCACACCACCCAAUUUUUUGUUUCUUUAUACGAAUUUUACUAUAGUCGUUGAUAUAAUUUGUUUCAUGCAUUUAUAUUAUAAAGUUGCAAGUAAAUUAAUUUAAAGAUAACCACCAACUUAUUAUUUCAACGUUUAAAUUCCUGCAAAGCGCAAAACAUGUCGAGUUUUUACCAUUUAAUAUUAAAAUUUAUAUUCAAAAACUCAGAUUAAAACCUAAAUUAGCCCAUAACAAACUAAAAGUGAAAACAUUGAAAUACAUAAGCAAUAAAAGCGUUUAAGAAAGAAAAUAUAUAAAAGUAAAUAAAAUUCAAAGAGAGGAGGUGAAAAUUUAUUUUUGAACAAAUAACACGAUUCAAAGAGACGAGAUUAUAUUAAAGUUUAAGAAAGAAAAUAAUAAUAAAAGUAAAUAUAAUUUAACGUCGGUGUGCUGGAGCUUGUAUAGUUGUAUUGAAGAUUCUUGCAUCCACAUGUCCUUCCAAUUGGAGUAAACAAAGAUUUAUAGUCGAUCCUAUAUUAUACUUUUUAUAGUAUGUGGGGGCAAUCCAAAUUUUAACAAAAUAAAAUUAUCAAAAAUUAUAUUAUUCUUUUUUUUUGGCAUCAAAAAAGAAUUUUAUAUUAUUCGUACACUUGAUUAUUAUGAGAAAACAUAUCUAAGUAACCUGGGUUCUAAAUAAAACUAACUUCAUAAAACCUUGACAAUUUUUUAUCAUCUUUUGAAAUUUGAUUUGUGUAUCCAUCAUAUUUAACUUUAUUUUAACUUAGGAAAUAUUUGUAUACAGAUUGAAAUUUAAUGAAUUGAUUGGUCAUAUUUUUUACAAAAUAGAACAUCAAAUUAAAUAAAUGAAAUUUGGAAACAGCUUGGACAUGCAGAAGGAUUCCACUUCCACAUGUACAUGACGAACGAAUAGCAUUUUUAGGCAACCUUUGGAAAUAAGCCCGAGACUUGAAAGAUGCGUGCGGCGAAGAUGGAAUCUUCCAAACAAUACUAUUAAAUCGUUAGUUAACGUUUUAGAAUCUCUAAAGAAUGUAUUCUUUGUGACUUUGUCAACACUACCGAACUCUAUAUAAACCCUAACGUGAUCAAUAAACUUGAAUCAAGUCUCAAACUUGUAAAGCAAAAGAACUUCAUAUAUCUUUUAUAUCAAUGGGUGAUUCUAUCGGUGAUACCGGAAGCUCCAUGCAUGGAGUAUCCACCGACAAGACGGGCAAGUACGAUCUCCCCGUGGACUUGGAGGAUAGGGCAACAGUUUUCAAGCUCUUCUCCUUCGCUAAACCUCACAUGAGAACGUUCCACCUCUCGUGGAUCUCUUUCUCCACAUGUUUUGUCUCGACGUUCGCGGCUGCACCACUUGUCCCCAUCAUCCGGGAGAACUUGAACCUCACCAAACAAGACGUAGGAAACGCUGGAGUUGCCUCAGUCUCGGGGAGUAUAUUCUCUAGGCUGGUGAUGGGAGCAGUGUGUGAUCUUCUUGGUCCCCGUUACGGAUGUGCAUUUCUUGUGAUGCUUUCCGCACCAACGGUGUUCUCAAUGAGCUUCGUGAGUGGAGCCGCGGGGUUCAUAACGGUGAGGUUCAUGAUAGGGUUCUGCCUAGCCACGUUUGUGUCGUGUCAAUACUGGAUGAGCACUAUGUUCACCAGUAAGAUCAUCGGUCUGGUGAACGGGACAGCCGCCGGGUGGGGAAACAUGGGAGGUGGCAUAACGCAGUUGCUCAUGCCGGUUGUCUAUGAGAUCAUAAGGCGCUGUGGUGCAACAGCGUUCACAGCCUGGAGAAUUGCCUUCUUUGUCCCUGGUUGGUUGCACAUUAUCAUGGGAAUCUUGGUGCUCACGCUAGGUCAAGAUCUCCCAGGUGGGAACCGAAAUGCCGUGGAGAAAAAGGGAAAAGUUGUCCAAGACAAACUUGGGAAGAUUAUGUGGUGUGCCGUUAGUAACUACAGGACUUGGAUCUUCGUUCUUCUCUAUGGAUACUCUAUGGGAGUCGAGUUGAGCACUGAUAAUGUUAUCGCCGAGUACUUCUUUGACAGGUUCCACUUGAAGCUUCACACAGCUGGAAUCAUAGCAGCAUCUUUCGGAAUGGCCAACUUCUUUGCUCGUCCAGCAGGAGGCUAUGCAUCUGACCUUGCAGCCAAAUACUUCGGGAUGAGAGGGAGGUUAUGGGCGUUGUGGAUCAUUCAGACAGCAGGUGGUCUCUUCUGCGUGUGGCUCGGCCGUGCCAACACCCUCGUUACUGCCGUUGUAGCUAUGAUCCUCUUCUCUUUAGGAGCACAAGCCGCUUGUGGAGCCACCUUUGCCAUCGUGCCUUUUGUCUCCCGGCGAGCCCUAGGCAUCAUCUCGGGUCUAACCGGGGCUGGAGGAAACUUCGGGUCAGGACUCACACAGCUUAUCUUCUUCUCCACCUCACGCUUCACAACUGAACAAGGGCUAACGUGGAUGGGAGUUAUGAUAGUUGCUUGCACGUUGCCUGUGACUUUGUGUCACUUUCCUCAGUGGGGAAGUAUGUUCUUGCCUCCUUCCACAGUUACGACGGAGCAGUAUUAUGUUUCUGAGUGGAGCGAGGAAGAGAAGGAGAAGAACAUGCAUCUAGGCAGCCUCGCGUUUGCCAAGGACGCCGAGUCUGAGGGCGGCCGAAGAGCCCAAUCAACCAUCAUUGUUUGAUUAAUCAAUGAUUUCAUUUAUGUGGUAUGGAACUACCUUUGGGAAAACAAACACAUUGUUUCCAUGUUGCUUUUAUUGCGUUUUGCUUUUUUGUUUUUGCCUUUCUUGAAUUUCUUUUGUUUGUUUGUACUGAGCGUUUUUUAGUUAAAACUUAAAAGCUCUUUUUAAUUGAAGUGUGCCUGCAUGUUGAGAAAUCACGAAAGUGUUUACUUCUUUUUAAUCAUGAUAAAAAACGAUCAUAAUCAUGUUUUCAAGAAAAGAGAUACGGUGAUUGAUUGUGUCUGUGAUGAGUUUAUAUGUUAUGUUCAAUCAAACAUUUAAGCUGUGUUCACUUGCAAAACGUUAAUGCCAAGCGUUUUAAAUCGGAUCUUCUAGUAUCUCCAAGUAAUCAUGCAUGGAUGUCCACAUAUCUUGCCGCAAAAGUUAUAUGGACGCUUAAAAAAAUUAGGUUUUUCUUUGUGCACCUUAUUUUUUGUGCACCAUUAAAAAAAUUAGGUUUGAAUUUGUUAUAUAUAUGUAAGUCUGUAAGAUAUAUAUCUGAUGUCAAAUACAUGAACGUAAUGACGUUUUUUGUCCUAAUUAUGCAGGACCGGUCAUGGGCAAAAUCUAACGAAACAUUGACUUUAGGUCCUUAAAAAUUUUGGAAAAAAUUACAUAGAAAAAAGUCUCCAAAAUUUUUUUUUAGGCCCCCAAAUUUACCAAAAAAAAUUUAUAGCUGGAAUUUUUUAAAAACUGCCUACAGCUCCCUAAAUCUCAGGGUCGGCCCUGUCCUUACGUUCCUUUUUUACACCACGCUGUCAUUACGUUAAACGUAUAAAACAUUAGAUUGAAAUGGUAAUUUAGACGCACAUAUAACUUAACCUAAUAAACCAACCAAACUAAUAGUCAAACUAUAUAUAUAUAACUCCAAGAUUCUUAAUCGACCCCAGCGUUUCCAGAGUUCAAAUGUUAUUUUUAACUCUUAUUUUUCAACUGAUGAUUUGAAUUAUAAAAUCAAAAUGAAAGUAACUCGCACACCUUACUAUAUGUAUAUAGCAAUGAUGGCGUCAUCAAUAAGUUGACUUCUCAAAUUUGGAAAG